AUGGACAUUGCCAUUCCGUCUAACGUGACAGUAGAUGACCUUACUGGAGAAGUAGCAUGGAUCAAACAGGUUGUAGAACAACACAGCGUGUGCCUGCCCAUGGCCAAAGUCAAAAUCAGUGGAACACUCGGGGGGCUAGUGACCGAGGCUGCAGUUUCCACAUUUUUGCCAAUGCAGUACCCUUACAUUUUUUCGAAUAGUUCGAAUCGGUUACUGCGUGAAAAAGGGCUUAAAUUGGGAGAAGGCGUAGUACAGGCAUUGACGCGAGGCCAAGCUCGUAAAAUCGCGUCGCUUUCGGCUGAAAAUGCACAAGCUGCUCCACCGGAAGCAGCAAAAGAGGUAACUUCAAUACACGAAUCCGAGCUAGGCUCGAAGGAUGAAAAAACUGUUCAGGAAAGCGUGCCAGCUGACGAGCUCAAUGAGAGCGUAUCGCUAGGGUGUCAUAGUGCACCCCCGCAGGAAGAGCCCGCUGAUGCACUCGCAAGCGAGACAGGGUCAUUACUAUCACCGGCCUCCAAGAACUUUGAUCAGCUCUUACGUGUGGACAUAGAGUCACUGGCAGCAGAGCAAAAGAAUGAUGACAGCUUAGCUAAAUUAUAUCACACAGCUAAAGAAGGCAUUGGUAGGCUCAACAUGACGAUACAUGAUAGAGGAGCAUUGUUGUAUCGACACUACAGAGAUCGAAAGGCUAGGAAUCUAGAUCAAUUAGUCGUACCUACCAAGUACAGGGAAGACCUUUUGAGUCUCUGUCAUGGAAAUGGGUGGUCCGGCCACCUAGGCAUAAACAAAUCAAAUAAAAUAUUGCUUAUGGAAUACUACUGGCCCCGCUGUUUCAAAGACGUAGAAAACUUUGUAAGAUCAUGCGACGGUGGUGACAUCAUUACACAACUGGUCGCUGCGAGCCAAGGCAUCACCCCCUGA